AUCUUUCCACUCACGCCCGGAUUCGUUGACGUUUCUCUUUUCGGGCCAACUCAUCGGUCUUUUGACACAGAAAUAUGUUUAUUUUCAGUUCUGUAUGUUAUGAAUUCUGACUUAUUUAGUGCUCGAUAAGUAAUAGUAUUAGUUAAUAAAAUGGACGUGUACUCUCUGAUACUUUUUCUAAGUGUGCUCUGGCAUGGAAGUGAAGCAAUCAUGUGGAGCCUCGCUCCCAACACACAGAAGUGUCUGAAGGAGGAAUUACACGCAAAAGUUCUCGUGGCAGGCGAAUAUGAGGUUACAGAAGUUGCCGGGCAGCAAGUCGACUACAUUAUUCGAGAUUCAAAAGGCCACAUACUAUCACAGAAAGACACAAUAACUAAAGGAAAAUUCUCAUUUGUCACAGAGACCUACGACACGUUUGAGGUCUGCUUCAAAUCUAAAGUACCACCAGAACGCCGUGGUGUCUCUCAAGAUGUCACUCUUGAUAUCAAAAUUGGAAUUGAAGCCAAAAACUAUGAAGGAAUUGCUGAAGCAGCGAAGUUGAAACCUAUGGAGCUUGAGUUGAAAAGACUGGAAGACCUCUCAGAAGCCAUUGUGCAGGACUUCACUCUGAUGAGGAAGGCAGAAGAGGAAAUGAGAGACACAAAUGAGUCCACCAACAACCGUGUCUUAUUCUUCAGCAUAUUCUCAAUGGUCUGUCUCCUUGGACUGGCCACGUGGCAAGUACUCUACCUUCGCCGGUACUUCAAGGCUAAAAAACUUAUUGAAUAGCAGAAUAAGACUAGUGUGAACCGCUGGUAGAGUUACAUGUGACGCAAUACGAUCAAACGAUCACCUGUAUAAAUAGAGAUUGAAACGCACUCGAAAUUAUACUCUCACAAGGGAUUUAGUCAUAUCGUCAGUUGAAUCAUCACAUUGAAACAGUAUUUUAAUCCCUUCACAUAAAUAUAUUGUACAUUUUCAUUAUUUACUGUUAAAAUUAAAUAAGUACAUC